UUCGUAAACUAAAUUACAUUUUAUUUUAAAACAACAAUAUUUUUUCCUUUAAUUUGUUCAUUUCGUUAGAGAUCAGUGUAGGUGGUUUACAUAAUAUUUGAGUAGUAAUCUUAUUUCUUGUGUUGUGGUUUGUGACUCUUCUUUUGAAUUGUGAUUUGUGACCGAUCAUCAAAAAUGCAAGACACAAGGCCCGAGUUAUACGAGGAGGUAAAAUUAUACAGAAAUGCUCGAGAACGUGAAAAGCAUGACAAUAUGGCUGAACUGUAUGCUGUGGUCAGUACACUGCAGCACCUGGAGAAAGCUUACAUGAGGGACUGUGUCCGAGCCCAGGAGUACACUGCAGCCUGCAGUAGACUCUUGGUGCAGUACAAGGUGGCCUUCAAACAGGUGCAAGGGGACGAGUUUCCUACUAUUGAGUCAUUUGUAACCAAAUUUAGGUUGGAUUGUCCCGCAGCACUGGAACGGAUCAGAGAAAACAAACCAAACUUGAUCAAGGAUGACAAAGGAAACACAAAUAAGUAUAUUGCUGAAAUUGUAUCGCUAUUCAUCACCCUCAUGGACAAGCUGCGGCUGGAGUUCCGCGCCAUGGACAUGAUCCAGCCAGAGCUGCGAGACCUGCGCGACACCAUGGACCGCCUGCUCAUGCUGCCCGAUGACUUCGAGGGCAAGCUCAAGGUCCAGGAGUGGCUGGACCGGCUGUCGGCGAUGUCGGCGUCGGACGAGCUGUCGGAGUCGCAGGUCCGGCAGCUGUUGUUCGACCUGGAGACCUCGUACGGCGCCUUCAACAAGGUGCUGCAUAAGGACUGAUCGCCUGGUCAAAAUAACAAAGGAGGCUCAAAGCAGCGCGUCGUUUGGAGUCCACUGUUCAUAUUUAAAUGUACCAUGUGAUUUAUACUAAGAAAUUGAUGUAGAUCUUUUAUAUGUAUGGUAUACGUAAUAUAUUACACUUUAUGCUUUAGUAUUGAGAUUCGUUUAUCUGUAAGCGG